UUCACUAGGAAAUCUUCCCAUUCAAUCUUUAUAUUCCAUGCCUACCUCUUACGCGCUCCCAGUGACCAAACCCCAAAUCCAUUCUUGGCAGGAAAAAAAUCUCUCUCUCUCUCUCUCUCUCUCUCUCUCUCUUCAAUUGCUUUUACGCAUCAGUCUCCGUUUGUUCUCCUCCCCCUUCUGCUGCGUUCUUUACUCACAAAUGGGCUCCUCCGCUUGUCAUUGUUAAUUCUCUCGUAUUAUUGAGAUCUCUCAUCUCUGAUCCUAUGGAAAAGAUAGGAUACGAAGUGGGUUCUCUCGCUUUGAACGUUUUAGUAGAAACCAUCAGUUUCUUCGCCAAAGCAUUCUCAUUCCUAUCGUCUCUAGCUUCUGAUCCUUUGUUCUCCACCAUCGUCGCUCUAUACAGCCUAAUCCUCCUCUACCUCCCUCGAAUUUUCGUCGACCUCGUCUUCUCACCUGUCUUGAUCUCAACUGCAGUUCUGUUAUCGAGCCUACUACGAUUAGGAGCUAUUCAGAGUGUUGAAGAACAGAUCAAAAAGAAGCCAACGGAAAAGGAAGAAAUCGAAAUCGAAAUCGAAUUGCUGCCAGUCGAGGUUCACAAAGUGGUCAAAUACGAAACAGGAACAGAAACAGAGGAAGAAGCCAUUACCGAAGCUUGUUUCAGUCCAAGUCUGAAACCCUUCUUCUCCGCCUUUAAUUCAUUCGUGGAAUGGAACGUGGGGGCGCCAUUAGAAGUCAUCUACGAAGAGUAUGAAGGAGAAGAAGAAGAGAAAGAGGAAAGCUGUCAAAUGGGCAUCGACAGAAUCCCGUCCUUGUCGCUUUACUACCCAGAAUCUGAGUCGGAUAGCUCGUCGGACGGCGAUUUUCCGGCAAUCGGGAAGUGGGAUUCGCGGGAAAGUAUGUGUUUCAGAUGGGACGAAGAGGACAGGGAGGGAUUGAUCGAGAUACCGUUGGAUGGUAAGAGAAACUCCUCCUCUGUUCUCCAAGUGGAAGAAGAGAACCUGAUAGAAAUUGACAUUUCUCUUGCGCCAUUCGGAGAGCUCCAGCGAGGAACUGACUUUUCCGGCGAGAAUCAGAAUUCAGAUUCAGUUUAAUAAGCUUUGUUGGAAACUGUGAUGGAAUCAUGGAGAGAAGAAGAGUGGAUUGUGGGAUUUUUUGGGGUUUGGCUUACCAUUGUAGUACAUCGAAGUUGAUGUACAUUAAUUAAUUAAAAAACUUUGAAUCUUUACUAGUUGUAGUA